GCAGGUCAGUGUGGCCCUGUUAAGACAGGGUUUGUAUUUCUGUUAACUUUUUUUAUUUGCCGGUGAGGCGAUAAUGUGAAUGUAUUCGCUCUGUUUGUGCACAUGAAACCUCGAAUUUUGGCACACGGAAUAAGAAGUGAUUCUCCUGACACGAGGUUCUUAAAUGGGUCGUAUCUCGUGUAAAACAAACAAACAAACAAACAAAAACGAAGUUACGAUGACUUCUGCAACCUGGGAAAUCAACGAACUCCCCGACCUCUGCAUCUGUCUGGACGCGUGACGUCACGCGGCUGCAAGGAGCGCACAGUGAGAGGAAGCGCAGCCAGGAUUUUUUUUUUUUUUUUUUUUUUUUGCGCCAUAUGGCUGGAUGUCCUUCCCGUUCCCUCCUGUUCACGCCAGCAUGAAGACGCUCACACACAAAAAAAAACGAAAGGAGAGAAAAAAAAAAUCCCAAAGAAAUGCGCCUGUCUCGCAACUCCACGUUUAAACAGUACCGUGUCCCUUUAAAAACGUCUGACAAAAAGCCCAUAUGAUCCCCGAGCUCCAAUCACCAAUUCCUUCUGCAAAAGCAGCCUCUGCAUUUUUUGUCUGUCUGUAUGCUACAGCAGCACGGGGGGGAAAAGAGAUUGAGGAUAAGGCAAAAGCUGAAGAAAUGUGACAAUCGGACGGUCUUUUUCAUGGCGAAGGGGAAACUGGUGCGAGGGGAGUUAUUCUGGGACUCCUUCGAGCCUCGAAACGCUGGAUCAAAAUGCUCAUAGUGGAGAAGACCACAGACUUCCCCUCUGCUGAGUUCUCUCUGGUGGAGGAUGUGGCUCUGCACUUCACCUGUUUGAUGGACAGGCUGAACGAGCAGCGUCUCUUCCAGCCUGACCUGUGUGACGUCGACAUCGUUCUGGUGCGUCAGCACAGCACCUUCCCGGCCCACAAGGGCGUGCUGGCGGCCUACAGCCCUUUCUUCCACUCUCUUUUCGCCCAAAGCAAACAGCUGCGGCGGGUCGACCUGUCACUGGACGCCCUGACCUCACAGGGCCUGCAGCAAAUCCUCAACUUCAUCUACACCUCCAAACUGCUGGUGAGCAGCCGCACUGUCCGCGACGUGCUCAACGCUGCCACCCUGCUUCAGAUGAGCGACAUCGCGGCCUCCUGUCGUGACCUCAUCAGCAGCCACUCGCUGAGAACCACCUGCGGCGAUAUGGCCAACCAGGAAGGCCUCGGCGGCGGUGACCCAGCUGCAGCAGCGAUGCCAACCGGCCAGCUGUAUCCGGAGAUCAAACAGGAGUCAGAGCUGGGGAGGGUGUACAAGAGGGAGGGCAGCAGCCCGUUCUCUGUUAGGGUGGAGGAGGCCAGCAAGACGAGUUCCCAGCAGAAGCAGUAUUACCAGAAGGAGGAUGGGUCAGCGCUCGGGGCAGGCACAGGUGUGGCUGCUUUGUGCAAAGUUGAGAGCAAUGGAGAGGAGUCCAAGACCACAGAUGGUCAUGCCUCCUUCAACAGAGACCAGAUCAUUGUUGAAGUCAACCUGAACAACCAGACCCUUAAUGUGUCAAAGGGAUCAGAGGGCAAAUCUGCGACCGCCACAGAGACAGCCACCAUCUUUGGUCACUGCCAUGACAAUGAGAGGGAUUCAGUGGACGAGGAGGAGAACGAGGCGGAGAAUGAUGACACGGUUGGAGAAGAGGAUGAUGAUGAUCUGAGGAGGGGGGACAUACUGGGGCAGAGCAGUGAGGAGGACGAUGAAGAGGAAGACGAGGAAGAGGAGGAGAACACCCUGAACAUUCCAGGCCUGGAGCAGCCGGCCAUGAUGGAUCGACCUCGUCGGGGCACCAGAGCCUUCACCAUGGCGGGUACAACUGCCUCCAUGCGGCAGACACUCACGGAGGCCACGCUGGCCAACCAGCGGCAGGGUGGGAAGAGGACGCUGGACACAGAGGGCCUGGGCCAGAAAGUGAGGCUGGAGGAGAAGCAACAUUUCUCGUGUAAGAAAUGCCCUCGCGUCUUCAACAACCGUUGGUACCUGGAGAAACACAUGAACGUCACUCACAACCGCAUGCAGAUCUGCAAUAACUGUGGGAAGCGCUUUCUGCUGGAGAGCGAGCUGCUGCUGCACCAACAGACCGACUGUGAGAAGAGCAUCCAGUGUGUUACAUGUGGCAAGGCCUUCAAAAAGCUGUGGUCGCUACACGAGCAUAACAAGAUCGUCCACGGCUACGCUGAGAAGAAGUUCUCCUGCGAGAUCUGUGAGAAGAAGUUCUACACCAUGGCUCAUGUCAGGAAGCACAUGGUCGCCCAUACGAAGGACAUGCCAUUCACCUGUGAGACUUGCGGGAAGUCGUUCAAGCGCAGCAUGUCCCUGAAGGUUCACUCUCUGCAGCACUCAGGAGAGAAACCCUUCAAGUGUGAGAACUGUAGUGAGCGCUUCCAGUACAAAUACCAGCUGCGAUCCCACAUGAGCAUCCACAUCGGACACAAGCAGUUCAUGUGCCAGUGGUGCGGAAAGGACUUCAACAUGAAGCAGUACUUUGACGAACACAUGAAGACACACACUGGAGAGAAGCCGUACAUCUGUGAGAUCUGUGGGAAGAGCUUCACGAGCCGGCCCAACAUGAAGCGUCACCGCCGCACCCACACCGGGGAGAAGCCCUACCCCUGCGAGGUGUGUGGCCAGCGCUUCCGCUUCUCCAACAUGCUCAAGGCCCAUAGGGAGAAGUGCUUCCGCGUCAGCAACCCCAUGGUCGCUGACGGCAACAACCCCCUCGGCCUCGACCAGCCUCUGGCGUCGCCCACCGUAGACUCUUCCAGUCAGGUGCAGCUAGGGGCAGCGCUCCCCGCCACGUCUGUGACCACACCCACUGCUGCCUCUAGCCCACACCCUCUCCAUGGAACCCAGCUGUCCCUCCCCCUGCUGCACUCCAUGGGGGGGCUGCCUCCCACCCCUCAUUUACCCCCACCGCCUCCCCUGUUCUCUGCCGGUAGGAUGAACUCCAACAACUAACAAAUCUCUGUAGCAUCAAAAGCACUUUUGUUACUCUUUGUUUUGUUUUUCUUAGAGUUCUUAAGAGGACUCCUGCAGCGGUAGAGUGAUGCUCCUCAGUGACAUUUACACUGAGGUGGGAAACACAGACUGAAGGCUACAUGGAGGCCUCCUGAAAAACAAAAAAAAACAGAUACACACACCUACCACAAUAAGAAAUAGUUAUUUUUUACUCUGUUAAACACAAUAGAUAACCUCAGAGAAUAGUAGGACAUGUUCUCACUACGCUUCUCCUCAUAAAUCUCACAACUCUGUUCUAAUUUCAUUUGGGAUUUUCCACUACCACACACACCUCUCCAGAGCCUUGCACAAUGCAUUGAUUGUAGCAUCUUUUACAUAGUGGGAGGAAGAAGAGUUUCCCCUGAUCUUCCCUCACGCGUAGGUCAUCAGAGUGAGAACCACAGUCUGAUGAGGAAAAAAAAAAGUUUUAUUUUUGGUCGUUCUCCGCCAAGAUGUAGCGAAGUGGUUCUGGUUCUGACCCAGCAAUAACCAAAUGCUGAUUUGUCUCUGAGCAUAUACAUGUAUAUGGCGUUGCCAAUAACCAAAUCCUGUUAGCUCACCCGCUAUAGAUAGAAGAUGUUAUACAGCAUUUAUAAUCGAUCCUGCACCUUACAUUUAACUCUAGUGAUAUUUAAAAAUGUACUCCUAAUUGUCUUCAUUUUAUAAUUGUGGUAGUGUGUAAUUCGUGGCACGUUACGUCAAUCUGUUGGGACGUGAGAGGAGUUGUGACGCGCGGAGAGUCGGCAGUGCAAUGCAGUGUGUGGUGUUUGUGUGUGUGUGUGCGUGAGAGAGAGAGAAAGAGGGAUGUGAAGCAGGGACCGGAGACGAGGAUCUUCCGAUCAAAGUAAGCUAAUCAACGCUUGAGCUUCCCCGAGUCAGGAGAUGGAGUAAUUUGCUGACUCUCAUCUGUUGCUUACAUUAAGCAAGUGCUCUCCUCUCCUGUAGAUCUGGCUUCGAGACGAUAUCGCACUUUUCUGUGACUUGUUAGUUAAAACCUAAUGUACUCAGACCUACAUUAUAAUUGUGGGUUUAAAAUCUAAUGUUAAUGUUAACUUGCAGCUCAUUUUUCCCAACUAAACCCCCUGAUCUAUGUAAUUAGUUACCAACAGUGUAGGGAUGUAAUAAUAUUCACAAAAAUACCUGCUUCUGUAGCUCAUUAAAUGUGCACAUUUCAUCAUGACGUAUAUUGUGAAAUGAUAAACAUUAUAUUCCAAUGCCUAAAUCUCUCCAAGAGCACUGACGGUGAUUACUUUUGGCACAACAGAGCGCAUCACUAAAAGGGCUCCGUAUGAUUACAUCACCAGUCAGCACAUGCAGUAUUUAAUACGGCUCAAAAAUGUGUGGCUUUAUGUGUGCACUUUUGACAAUUGUUUGUCAUAAACCUACUGGAGUAGAAUUAAAAGAAUAUAAUCAAAUAUUUGUCAGUAAAAAGUUCUACUCUUAAAGGAGUGUAUCUGGACAGUUUGGGAAAUAUACUUUAUUUGCUUUCUUGUCAAGAGUUGGGCAAGAAGAUUGAUUCCACUAUUGUUCACAAAGUCAAAUAUAAUCUAGCUACUAUGCCUAGCAGCUGGUUAGCUCACGUAGCUUAGCACAAAGGCUGGAAACAGGGAAACUGUUUGCUUGACUCUGUCUAAAUGUAAAAAGAAAAAUCAUAUACAAGAGUAAAGGCAUCAAUUUUUGGUUUUACGUGGAUUUUUGCUUGUUAUGUCCCCAUGUUUCUAUUAUGUAUGCUAAGCUAAGCUAAGCUAAAGUAAGUUAAGAUAAUUGUCUGCUUGCCAUAAAUCUUCUCAACUAAUUCUAUGCACAAAAGCCAAAGAGUGUACUUCCCAAACUGUGGAAAUCGUCCUUUUUAAAUCUGACAUUUCAAUCAAAGAAUUAUCCAAAAAGAGUCUCUGUGCACUAUCGAUGCACUCCCGCUCACUUUAUCUAUAGAUAGCCUACUUGUAGUGUAGCAUUAAUCUGUAAAUAUUGUUAAGACGUGUUUCUUCCUUGUGAUUAAUUCCUCAUGUUUACAUUUGGAGAGUCAGUUGAAUGUGCCCCCCACAUGUGUCUUGGCUGGUACUACCGAAAGUUGGAAUUUGUGGAUAAGCUUUUGUAAAUGUGAUAAGCUGUUUUAUUUAAAAGACAAGAAUUAAGCACCUUAGUGUUGUCUUAUGUCUUAGCUCACCCCAGUAACAUGUAUUCAUUAAAACUGCCAUGGUUAAAUGGUUAGGGCCACGUCAGAUGUUAAUUGAUAACGGUACUUUGUCUUUUUUUUUCUUUUUUUUCUCUCUAUGUGUCUAACACAUGUUUUGUACUUUUGAUUUGCUGCUUUUGUACAGGGUCCAGUUUGAGACUACCCUUUAAAUGAAAUGUCUAGAGCUAUAAAUUGUUGAAUACGUUCUGGCUGUGAUAAAUCCAAAAUUAGCCUUACUCGACACUUCAGACUCCAGAGUCAGAAAUGAGCUACGAUUUAGACAUUUUGAGCAGUUUGAUGAGGUAACUGCCAACAUUUUAUACCCAUCUAAGGUUUGAUCUGGUCAUUGGCAGAUGGGGCCUGGAGAGAGACUCAGGCAGCCUGUCGACACAAACUUAAGGACUUGUUGCUCUCUUGUGGCAUCUUAGAAAACUGCACUCUGACAGCAAUCCUACACUAAAGAAAGAGAAAAGCCUACAUUCAAAAUGUACUCCGCAAUUAUUUUCCCACUUUGCUGUUUUGAGAAGCACUAGCCCAAGAGACGAGAUACUGUGGUUAUAGUUUGUAUUUUGCGCCUUAUACUUGGAGGGAUUUGAAUGUUUCUGUGUAAUGGAUGCUGAUAGAAGCUGAUGGUAAAGGAGGGAGGGAUAGUAGUUGACACUACUGAUUUAUGCACUUUGAAUAUGAUCGCCACACGAGCCCGUAAUGGGUAUCAUUUAUGAUACAAGGUGAAAAAAUAAGAAGCAGAAGAAGAAGAAAAAAAAGUGAUUUCCACUUUCUAAUCUAUACCCAAAGGCGUACAUUUUACGUUUUAAAUGUACGGUGUGGAUAUUCAUUAAUUAUUCACAAUUAAUUAUUCACAGAGUCUGUUGUUAGUAAGUUGCAGAAGUGUUUUGCUUUGUUUCCUUGAACAAUUCUUCGGCUGUGGUUUGGCAUCCUGAGCUGUGAGGAGUCACUGCACCUAAACUGGUGCUUCUGUGAUUCAGUCUGCCUGUUUUGCACUGUGCUGAUCUCUUAAUAAGUACUGUUGGGUGCAUACAAUACAGCAUUAUCGUUUUCUACAUGGUUUGGUCUCUGAUCACUAAUCAAGGGAAAAAAGGUUUAGGUUCCUAUGGAAGGGUCUUAUUAUGUUACUGUUAUAGACCAUGAAGAAAUGUAGCGGAAAGUGUCUGUUGCCAAAUUGUGUAAAAGAGAAAAGAUAUUAAAUAUUGUGAGCACUUUAUAGUUCCAGUUCAGCUAGCAGGGUUUGAAGGCUGAUGCAGUUGCAAUUAUUUGCUGAUGGCAGGUGUGUGGGUUUUUUUUUUUCGCAUGUCUCCAUGGCAAACAAUUAUAGGAAAUUGCAAAAAUGCAGCCUCUGCCAGAAUUGUGUCCUUGGCAGGUGUUCAGUCCUCUGAAACAACAUUUUGUUUAGACCAAAGGGAUGUCAAAACUGUUUGUCCAGACCCUGCAAAGAUAAGUUGCGCUGCAUGUACCUGUUUGGAAUCAAAUAUUACCCCAGAAUCUGCUCAAGUUACAGGCUUCCAAACCAAUGUAGUACAUUCAAUUGUUCAACCACAGUUUGGAGUGAAUGACACUGAGCAGAUUAUCUAAUGUUUUUAAAGGAAAAGAACAGAAAAAUAGCUCAUGACACAGCUUUUGGACAAGUAUAGAGACUGAGAUAUAGAGAGAGCAGAAUUUAAUUGUUAAUCUGUUGUCUUGGAUUAUUUAGUGAGCAAGGCUCUCCUCAAUCCAGCUGCAAACAAGACAAAACCCAUCUGCGACGAAGCAACACUAUUUGAACUGUAUAUUUAACAUGAAGGCAGACAUUUAUGAGCCCUUGCAAAUCUUUAAAAAGAACCUAGCAAUUUUUUAAGGUUAAUUUUUUUCUAACAUAACGUUACAAAGUUAAGUGGCAGUAUAAAGCUAAGAUUCUAGAAAGUGAGAAGGGACAUUUUGCACAGUGUUUGGGAGUCCUAUAUUCUUCAAGGCAAGUAGGCUUUUUGUGUUUCAAUUAGCCGAACUCUCCUUUAUUAAGGCUAGCAGCCAAAGGCUUGUAUUAGAUUAGGCAAAGGUGGACCUGCCCUUGUCCUUAAACAAGGGUUUGUCAGUGAUUAAGUGGGUGCCCAGACACCACAGUGACUGUGCAUCUGCAUUGCACCCAAGGAAAUGUUUGUCACAUAAUAAAGCAGUGAGCUUGGCAGUCGCUCAUGGGAUUGCCAAGUUGGGUCUCUGCUGGGACUUCCAGUUUGGGGUUUAGCUGUUCGAGGCAUAAGUGCAUAUCCAAAAGGAUUUAAGUUGUGUGGCCUUCAGCUUUGAGAAGUGUUAGGAUAUUGGAGCGAAAGCAUUGUAUGUAUGUAUGUAAGAAUUUAAAGAAAUGUGUUGGUCUUCUGAAGCGGAAAAGUCUCUCUUUUAAAAACGGAGGAGCAGUUCUUUGUUUUUGUUUUUUUUAUUCACCCAUGUCAUGGGUGAGAACAUAUGGCGCCCCAAAACCGACCAAAGGUUAUCAGACAAGUCAAAGAUAGUCUAUAACACAGUACAUCAAUGAAUAAUAUUGUUACUUAAAUUAUUAAAAUGGAGUCUAAAAUUUAGGGUUCGUCAAUUAGUCGAAAGAAGAUUUGCUGAUCGACAGCUAACCUCCAAUCAGUUGGUAAAGAAGCUAGGCUAAUUCUUUUUAGCGUCAUUAUUUUGAGAAAAAAAGACAUUUAAUCGCCAACAUCUUCAAAAUGUAAAUCACUACACAUUAAUAAUAUCUAACGCUUACUUGGAUUGUGGUAGAUCAUGAAGCCAAAAGACAUGCACUUGAAGAUGAUGUUAUUAUCUAAAGCAUAUUAGCUUUGUUUUGUUUGUUUUUUAUUGGCUUGCUAACUUUAGCCAGCUUGGCUACCCUCUUUGUAUGUAUGAUUAACAUAUCCUCUAAAUGCUGGUUUAGUAGAUUUAGCUUAACCUAGCUAGCUGACUAGGCUGGUGCCCAGUGUGUUUAGCCACCAGUACUGCCAGUUAAGCUAGCUGGCCACAUAGUCCUCUAAGUCUUAGAAUUGGAAAAUGUGGUGAGGAAAACGGAAAACAGAUUGGAUGGAUUUUAUCAACAUACUGUUGGUAAAGGAAAGUAGAGGAAUAUUGCUUUUUUACCAACUUAUUUGAGGAUUAAGAUCUCCAUUCCAGACUACAGUAAAUGAUACUGUACAUUAACUUUAAAGAUGCAAUAUGUAAUAAUUUUGAAAACAUGAAACAUAAUCAAAAUAACCAAUAAACUGUGAAAGAAAAACAGUUAAACAUUAUAAUGUCUAUGUAGGCUAUCUAGUUGAUACUGAAGCUAGCAUGCUAACCAGCUUGCCCCGGCCUGUCCUGGUGCAAAGCUCCUGUGCUCUGAGCUGCUAGCUGCACGGUUAUCUGAGCUAACUAGCUAAUGGCAGCUACGACUGGCAGAAGUUAGCAUUUACUCUGGUGAUAUAUUGCCUCUCAUUUGUUUUGAGUGUGAAUACAACAGGUGGAUAGUUUUUACAUAUUGCACCUUUAGAUUAAUCUAUUCACCUGUAUUUUUCUUUUUGGCUUAUCUGAUAAUCUUUUACUACAUUCAGUUUCUGGGCUCUAUAAAAUCUGGAACAUACAAUUGGAAAAACAAAUAUUGUUGGUUAUUUUGCAUGUGAAAGUUUAGUUAGCUAUAAUAAUAAUAAUAAUAAUAAUAAUAAUAAUAAUAAUAAUAAUAAUAAUAAUAAUAAUAAUACAUUUGUUUUAGGCUGACUCUCCCCUUUUUUGGGCAAAGAUAUGCUGUAUGUGAUAAUAACAGUAGGCACAAAUGCCAUAGUCAAUUCAAAGAUGUAUUAUCCACAGACCCUCGUCAUUUCCCAUACUUACUCAUACUGCAGUUGUGUUAAAGAAAUCAUAAUGUGUACUGUUCUUUGCUGAUUCUAUACUUUAUCAUGUAAACACUAUGUCUUAGUUAACUCUGGUGUACAAAGACCAUGUGUAGGCAGUAGUUGUCAAGUUCAGCUAUAUUAAAAUACUAAAAACCGUACACGGACGAUAGUGUCUAGAGGUGCUAAUAACAUUAGACUGUAUUUUCUGUCUUUUAUUGUAUUAUUGACUAGUGUUUACUGUCUGUAACACAGCAGAGCGUAAUGAAACCAUUUCAAUAUUAAACAAUAUAGAUAUA